UUUGGCAAACAGCCAAGAGUAGAAGAAAACAAACAUGGCUCCUUGUUUUGAAGAGAGGCUGUGCAAGGAGGUCCGCCGUCACCCAAAUUUAUAUGAUACGUCUUUAAAAGAGUAUUAUGACGGCCAGAUUCUGUCAAAGUCCUGGAGAGAAAUCGCGCAAACGCUCGGGAAAGAUGAAAACAGCUGCCGUCAGAAGUGGAGAUAUCUCCGAGACAGAUUUGUGAGAGCCAGGAGGAAGCUGAGAGAGAGGAGCAGCAGAGUCCGUCCAUACAUACCUGCUUGUGUUUCCAUGUUAGACUGGCUCUCUGACUUCAUCAACCAUCGCACCAAAGAGUCCACGCGGACACCCAGCUGCAGUACAGAUGAAACCUCGUGCGCCUCCGCGCGACCAGUGCAAGUCAGUUGCCCGGGCAACGCGCAAAGUCCUCCACUCCCUCUGUCUUCGCUGCACCUCCUGGUUCCUCCACUGAGGCUGAUGUCAGCCUGUAUGUGGCAGGUGGCCCAGGAGAGAAACGUAGACCAGUAUGACAAACUGGUUGAAUUCAUCAAGUCGGUGACAGAGAUGCUCCCAGAGCUGCUGAACUACAAACAGAAGACUCAGCUCGUCCUGGGUCUGAGAGCAAGGGUCAUCCUUGAAUCCUUAAAGAAGAUGGAUGAGGUCGACUGUGAAACUAUUCAGGAUCAUCUGGACAGUUUCCAAAAGAUAACAAACUACAUACAUGAAGAGGACCCAGAUGGAGAGGUGGAGACAUCAAAGUCAGCAUUCAUAGAGCUGGUUCAAACAUUACUGACAGACCAAUCUGAAAAAGAGACGUUUUUCAAGGAGGUCUUCCCAGUCCAGUAUGGAGCUCGUUUUGAUACAGCGCUGCAGAUCCUGGUGUGGGAGUUCUUCUACCGACUGGAAGAGUUCCUCCCAGUACCAAGUUUUUCACAGGUGUUCUCCAUGUAUGACGUUUCUUCCCUUGAAAAUGGGUUUGAGCAGUUUGUCUCUGACCCUGAAGACCUGAGGAUGAUUUUGCAGCAACAACAGGAGCGGAAAAAGCUGACUAAAAGUGAGUUUACCUUCAUGUCAGACACCAUCCUCUGCACACUCGCAUCUAAACAGAUUACAGUGGCAUCUGAAGAUCAUGUGGAUCAAGAUUUGGAUGGAGAUUACAGACAAGACAAUGAAAAGUCACAUGAAAGAAAUCAAGAAAGGUCAGAAAGUGCAGAAGACAUUUGUGAGGAUGAUGAAGAGACGGAUGACAGUUCCAUUGAAACUAAUCCAAACUCUCCGAUGCACGAGUACGGGCUGUCACCGCUCUCUUCCUCUCCAUGCUCCGAGGAAGGUGACGAAGAAACAGCUGGUGAAGUCUCCUUCCAGCCAACCAGAUGCUCAGUGACCUCAGAAGUAAAGAAACAUAUGAGGAGAAACAAAGAGUCAUCAGAAGAGAGCACGAUGCAGUCCUUCAAUCAGGUCUCUAAAAGCGUCCAUCAAAACAUCUGCCAGAAGUGUGGCAAGACUUUUGCAUCCUGUUCCUCCUUUAGAAACCAUCAGGCUGUUCAUUCUUCGGCCCGGCCGUUCAUGUGCACUCAGUGCAACAAGACAUAUAAAACUCAUAGUGUCCUGAAACACCAUUCCCUUCACUCAGCUCGUCACUUCAACCCUGAAGCUCCGUCUUUUGCUUGCAGCAUUUGUGACAAGAGCGAUACUUCUAAAGAUUCACUCAGAGUUCAUCAGCGUCAGCACAGCGGAGAGAGGCCGUUUGUCUGCACGUACUGCGGCAAGAGGUUCCUGUCAAAUACAGUCUUGAAGUCCCAUGUUCGCAUUCACACCGGGGAGCGCCCGUAUGCCUGUUUUUUUUGUGACAAGACAUUUGUACAGCUGUCUCAGCGCACUGUGCACAUGAGGAUGCAUACGAAAGAGAAACCGUACCUGUGCAGUACAUGCGGUAAGACGUUUCCGAGCUCCGGGGCCUUGCUGGUGCAUUCACGCAACCACACAGGGGAGCGGCCUUAUCAGUGUGACAUCUGUGGAAAAAGAUACGCCAAAGCGAUAAAAAUGACAAUACAUCGGCGGUAUCACACAGGAGAGAGGCCGUAUCCCUGCUCAGAGUGUGACAAAUCAUUCCACUGCAGUUCAGGACUGAAGAAACACAUGAGGACCCACACAGGAGAGAAACCCUACCAGUGUGUCACAUGUCACAAGAGGUUUUCUGUGAAAUCCAACUUGAAAGUACACCUCAAAGUCCACAAGAUCAUCUAGCAACAUUUGUGAAUACAUACAGUAGUGUUCAAUGUAAUAGCAGUCCAAUGUGACUAACCAGAUUAAUCCAGGUUUUUAGUAUAUUUUUGAUUGCCACGUGGCAAACAAGGUACCAGUAGGUGCAGUAGAUUCUCAGAAGAUCAACAAGACGCUCUUAAGGCUGUGCAAUUGGGCAAUUACUUGAAAGGGGUGUGUUCAAAAAUAUAGCAGUGUCUGCCGUUGACUUUACAAACUCAAAACUAUUUUGUACAAACUUUUGUUUCUAGGAUUUAGCAAUCCUAUGAAUCACUAAACUAAUAUUUAGUUGUAUGACCACAAUUUUUUAUAAUUGCUUCACAUCUGUGUGGCAUGGAGUCAACCAACUUGUGGCACCUUUCAGCUGUUAUUCCACUCCAAGAUUCAGCUCGUCUCACAAACUGUCUGCAGCCCUUGGACUCAAAAAGAACAAUUUUACUUUUACUUUCUUUGAUCAUCCUGGAGCUGAUCAUUGGCUGAGCCUUUGCCAUUCUGGUUAUUCUUCCAUCCAUUUUGAUGGUUGUCUUCCGUUUUCUGCCAUGUGUCUCUGGUUUUGCUCUCCAUUUUAAAGCAUUGGAGAUCAUUUUAGCUGAACAGCCUAUAAUUGUUUGCACCUCUUUAUAAGUUUUCCCCUCUCCAAUCAACUUUUUAAUCAAAGUACGCUGUUCUUCUGAACAAUGUCUUGAACGACCCAUUUUCCUCAGGCUUUCAAAGAGAAAUGCAUGUUCAACAAGUGCUGGCUUCAUCCUUAAAUAGAGGUCACCUGAUUCACACCUGUUUUUUCAGAAGAAUUGAUUGACUGAUUGAAUGCCACACUGCUAUUUUUUUUAACACACCCCUUUCAACUAAUUGCCAAAUUGCCUUAAGAGCUGCAUAUCACGAAUGCUGGGUCUUGUUGUCAUCUACUGGUACCUUGCUUGCCAUGUAGCAAUAAAAAAUAUACUAAAAACCUGGAUUAAUCUGGUUAGUCACAUUGGACUGCUAUUAUAUUGAACACUACUGUAUUUUGGGCAAUUUCAUGCUUUCAAAAAGAGAAGACAGAAGGGAAGACAUCUGUGAAAGGGCCCUGAACCAGUCUCCGAUCUGGGCUGCUGGGACAAGAACAAGGCCACUGUUAUAACUUUAGUGAGUGAUGAGAACCUGGUUCAUACCU